AUGAAGCUUUCUAGUGUUGCAGCAGCAGCUGUUCUUGCUUCGUCAUCAUCAGCAUGUUUUCUUCCUGUCGUUGAAUCGCUUUUAGGUUGUGUUUACCCAAAGCAAAAGCCUUCUUAUUCCUACAAACCAGGUAAAUGGGGUAGCUGGGGAAAACCAAAGCCAUGUACUACCAGAGUUCCACAAACCCAUACUACCAUCGUUAUUCCAUGUAGUACAACUGGUGUUGUUACAUGGGGUGGUAUAACUACCACUGUCACUUUGACUCCAGGUACUACCGUUGCUACCGUUCCUCCAACCACUGUUACUGUUACUCCAACCACCGGCUCUGUUACUGAAACUGUUACCCCUCCAGGUACUCCAAUCUAUACUACUUCAACUGCUACUGCUCCAAGUACUCCAACUGUUAUUACUGAAAUUCCAGUUGGUUCCACUGUUACUUUGUCUGUCCCAUACCCAACUACUGUUACUGUCACUGGUCCUAACUAUAUUACUACUUUGACUUUUGUCCCAGGUACCACCACUGUUUCACUUCCAUCAUCUGUUCCAGAAACCCCAACCGGUCCAACUGGUCCAGAUACUGAAACUGAAACUCAACCAACCGGUCCAGCUAUUCCAACUACCAACAUUCCAAGCACUGGUACUGUUGUCACUGUUACUGUUCCAUACCCAACCACAGAAACAAUUAGCUUGCCAGGUUUCUCUACUACUGUUACUUUGACUGGUGGUGUCAACACUGUUACCGUUACUCAACCAACUGGUCCAGGUACUGAAACUGAAACCCAACCAACCGGUCCAGGUACUGAAACCGAAACUCAACCAACUGGUCCAGCUAUUCCAACUACCAACAUUCCAAGCACUGGUACUGUUGUCACUGUUACUGUUCCAUACCCAACCACAGAAACAAUUAGCUUGCCAGGUUUCUCUACUACUGUUACUUUGACUGGUGGUGUCAACACUGUUACCGUUACUCAACCAACUGGUCCAGGUACUGAAACUGAAACUCAACCAACCGGUCCAGGUACCGAAACUGAAACUGUUCCAACCACUGUUUCUAUCCCAACUACCGACAUUCCAAGUACUGGUACUGUUGUCACUGUUACUGUUCCACAACCAACCACUGUUACCGUUACUGGUCCAGGUUAUACUACCUACAUCACUUUGACUCCAGGUACCAACACUGUUACUGUCACCCAACCAACCGGUCCAUCUGGUCCAGGUACUGAAACUGAAACUCAACCAACCGGUCCAGGUACCGAAACUGAAACUGUUCCAACCACUGUUUCUAUCCCAACUACCGACAUUCCAAGUACUGGUACUGUUGUCACUGUUACUGUUCCACAACCAACCACUGUUACCGUCACUGGUCCAGGUUAUACUACCUACAUCACUUUGACUCCAGGUACCAACACUGUUACUGUCACCCAACCAACCGGUCCAUCUGGUCCAGGUACUGAAACUGAAACUCAACCAACCGGUCCAGGUACCGAAACUGAAACUGUUCCAACCACUGUUUCUAUCCCAACUACCGACAUUCCAAGUACUGGUACUGUUGUCACUGUUACUGUUCCACAACCAACCACUGUUACCGUCACUGGUCCAGGUUAUACUACCUACAUCACUUUGACUCCAGGUACCAACACUGUUACUGUCACCCAACCAACCGGUCCAUCUGGUCCAGGUACUGAAACUGAAACUCAACCAACCGGUCCAGGUACUGAAACUGAAACUCAACCAACUGGUCCAUCUGGUCCAGGUACUGAAACUGUUCCAGGCACCUUACCACCAGGUUCCACUGUUACUUUAACUGUUCCACAACCAACCACUGUCACUGUUUCCGGUCCAGGUUACACUACUACCAUCACUUUAACUCAAGGUACCAACACCGUUACUGUUCCAACCGGUCCAGGUUCUGAAACUGAAACUCAACCAACCGGCCCAACUGGUCCAGGUACCGAAACUGUUCCAACCACUCUUCCACCAGGUUCCGCUACUACUGUUAGUGUCCCAAGUGAAACCGUCUACACUGUUACUGGUCCAGGUUACACUACUGUUUUCACCUUAACCCCAGGUGGUAACACCAUCACUGGCCCAACUGGUUCCGGUUUAUCUACCAGUCUCCCAACUAUGCCAUUCCCAUCUGGUGACGUUAUCACUGUUACUGCUACCGAAAAGACCACCGAAACUAUCACUGGUCCAGGUUACACUGUUACUGUUACUUUGACUGAAGGUCCAAACACCAUCACCGUUCCAUCUGGUUCUCCAACUGGCUCCACUGGCUCCGGUUCUCCAACUGGUCCAGUCCCAACUGGUGGUGUCAUCACUGUUACUGCUACCGAAAAGACCACUGAAACCAUCACUGGUCCAGGUUACACUGUCACCGUUACUUUGACUGAAGGUCCAAACACUAUUACUGUUCCAUCUGGUUCUCCAACUGGCUCCACUGGUUCUGGUUCUCCAACUGGUCCAGUCCCAACUGGUGGUGUCAUCACUGUUACUGCUACCGAAAAGACCACCGAAACUAUCACUGGUCCAGGUUACACUGUCACCGUUACUUUGACUGAAGGUCCAAACACCAUCACUGUUCCAUCUGGUUCUCCAACUGGCUCCACUGGUUCUGGUUCUCCAACUGGUCCAGCUCCAACUGGUGGUGUUAUCACUGUUACUGCUACUGAAAAGACCACCGAAACUAUCACUGGUCCAGGUUACACUGUCACCGUUACUUUGACUGAAGGUCCAAACACCAUCACUGUUCCAUCUGGUUCUCCAACUGGCUCCACUGGUUCUGGUUCUCCAACUGGUCCAGUCCCAACUGGUGGUGUCAUCACUGUUACUGCUACCGAAAAGACCACUGAAACUAUCACUGGUCCAGGUUACACUGUCACCGUUACUUUGACUGAAGGUCCAAACACCAUCACUGUUCCAUCUGGUUCUCCAACUGGCUCCACUGGUUCUGGUUCUCCAACUGGUCCAGCUCCAACUGGUGGUGUUAUCACUGUUACUGCUACUGAAAAGACCACCGAAACUAUCACUGGUCCAGGUUACACUGUCACCGUUACUUUGACUGAAGGUCCAAACACCAUCACUGUUCCAUCUGGUUCUCCAACUGGCUCCACUGGUUCUGGUUCCCCAACUGGUCCAGUCCCAACUGGUGGUGUCAUCACUGUUACUGCUACCGAAAAGACCACUGAAACCAUCACUGGUCCAGGUUACACUGUCACCGUUACUUUGACUGAAGGUCCAAACACUAUUACUGUUCCAUCUGGUUCUCCAACUGGCUCCACUGGCUCCGGUUCCCCAACUGGUCCAGCUCCAACUGAUAGUGUCGUCACUGUUACUGCUACUGAAAGUACUGUUGAAACCAUUUCUGGUCCAGGUUUUACCACCACUGUUACUUUGACUGAAGGUCCAAACACCAUCACUGUUCCAUCUGGUUCUGGUUCUCCAUCCGGUCCAACUGAUUCUGGUUCCCCAACUGGUUCUACUGGUUCUGGUUCUCCAACUGAACCAACUGGUGGUGUCAUCACUGUUACUGCUACUGAAAAGACCACUGAAACUAUUUCCGGUCCAGGUUACACUACUACUGUUACUUUAACUGAAGGUCCAAACACUAUUACUGUUCCAGUUCCAACUGGUCCAUCUGGUGUUCCAACUGGUUCAACUGGUUCUGGUUCUCCAACUGAACCAACCGGUACUUCUCCAUCUGGAUCAGGUUCUCCAACUGAACCAUCUGGUGGUGUUACUUGGACUCCACAACCAGGUUGGAUUUGUCAAUGUGUUAGAGCUUAA